CAGGUAAACGUCACAGCCUGCCUGUUGAGAAAGCCUCUGUGAGCGGGCGCCACACUUCCUCAAUCGACGGAAUCACAGAGCGAAAAAACGAGAGGAAGAGAAAGAGCAACUUUUCGUCGUGCUGCGGUGAAAAAAGAACCAGCACCGAGGUUGCAGGACGAGCAGGUGACCCUGGUACUUCUCACCAUGGCUCCUUUCUUGAGGAUCACCUUUAACUCGUAUGACUUGGGCAUCCUGCCCCCGUUGGCAGACCCUCCCUUCUGUGCCAUCAAGAUGAAGGAGGCCUUGACAACUGAACGAGGUAAGACCCUGGUUCAGCGGAAACCUACCAUGUACCCGGCUUGGAAGGCCAGCUUUGACGCACACAUCUAUGAGGGUCGUGUGCUCGAGGUGCUGCUGAUGAAGACAGCGGAGGAGCCUCUGGCUGAGGUCACUGUCGGCGUGUCUGUCCUUGCUGAGCGCUGCAAGAAAGCCAACGGCCGCGCUGAAUUCUGGGUGGAUCUCCAUCCUUCUGGGAAAGUGAUGAUGGCAGUGCAGUAUUUUCUGGAGGAAGUGGAUACAGAGAGUAAGCAGGCAGCGAAGGAGGAAGAGGCUCCCACUCUGAACCGCAGACGAGGGGCCAUCAAGCAGGCCAAGAUCCACUUCAUAAAGAACCAUGAGUUCAUCGCCACGUUCUUCAGACAGCCCACUUUCUGCUCCGUGUGCAGAGACUUUGUCUGGGGACUCAACAAGCAAGGCUAUAAAUGCAGACAAUGCAAUGCAGCCAUCCACAAGAAAUGCAUAGACAAAAUCAUCGGCAGAUGUACUGGUACUGCUGCCAACAGUCGGGAUACUGUGUUCCAGAAGGAACGCUUUAAAAUUGACAUGCCACACCGGUUCAAGAUCAACAACUACAUGAGUCCAACCUUCUGCGACCACUGUGGAAGUCUGCUGUGGGGUCUUGUCAAACAAGGCCUCAAGUGUGAAGAUUGUGCCAUGAAUGUCCAUCACAAGUGUCAGGAUAAAGUAGCCAACCUUUGUGGUAUCAACCAGAAACUACUAGCUGAAGCACUUACACAAGUCAGCCAGAAAUCGUCCACUCGCCGUUCAGAUCCAAACCUGCCUAAUCUGCCUGAUAUUGGAAUCUAUGAUGAAGUUAACAAACUUGCUGGACUGGAAAUCAAUGACGGAUCUCACUAUGGCAGACUGUGGGAGGGGUCCAGUCCACGGCCUCAGUCUCGUAUUACCCACCUGACCCGCAUCAAUGUGGAUAACUUCAUCUUCCACAAGGUGUUGGGAAAAGGCAGCUUUGGCAAGGUUCUCCUUGCAGAGCUGAAGGGUCGUGGAGAGUACUUUGCCGUGAAGGCUCUGAAGAAAGAUGUAGUGUUGAUGGAUGAUGACGUGGAGUGCACUAUGGUAGAGAAGAGAGUCUUGGCUUUAGCCUGGGAAAACCCCUUCCUCACUCACCUGUACUCCACCUUCCAGACCAAGGAGCAUCUGUUCUUUGUGAUGGAGUAUCUGAACGGGGGAGACUUGAUGUUUCAUAUACAGGAGAAAGGGCGCUUUGAACUCUACAGAGCCACGUUCUACUCAGCUGAGAUCAUUUGUGGUCUACAGUUUUUACAUUCCAAAGGCAUCAUCUACAGGGAUCUUAAGUUAGACAAUGUGAUGCUGGAUCAUGAAGGACACAUAAAGAUCGCUGACUUUGGGAUGUGCAAGGAGAAUGUGUUUGGAGAGAAUCGCGCCACAACUUUCUGCGGCACUCCUGACUACAUCGCUCCAGAGAUCCUGCUGGGACAGAAAUACUCGUUCUCAGUCGACUGGUGGUCGUUCGGGGUGUUGCUGUAUGAGAUGCUGGUUGGACAGUCGCCUUUUCAUGGAGAUGAUGAGGAUGAGUUGUUUGAGUCCAUUCGCAUGGACACUCCCCACUAUCCCCGCUGGAUCAACAAGGAAGCCAAGGACCUGCUUGAACGGUUGUUCGAGAGAGACCCCACCCGCAGGCUAGGAAUCGUGGGUAAUAUCCGUUUACACCCCUUCUUCAAGGCCGUUAACUGGCAGGCCUUGGAGAGGAGGGAGGUUGAGCCCCCCUUCAAACCCAAAGUGAAAGCACCGAAUGAUUGCAGCAACUUUGAUCGGGAGUUCCUCAGCGAGAAGCCUCGUCUCUCCUACAGUGAUAAGAACUUCAUAGACUCCAUGGACCAGUCGGCGUUCGCAGGUUUUUCAUUCAUCAAUCCCAAGAUGGAGCAUCUUUUAGAGAAGUAACUGUUUUAAUGACAGUCAGACUCAGGUCACAUCUCUGCUGUUUACGGGACAGUUCACUUACUCUGCUACAGAUGAGUGAACAGUUUCACAAUCAGCAUUUGUGUAAUCUUAUUUUAAGCACAAACUAUUCUACUUGGGUACGUGUAGACAUGGUAAGAGUAGAAACGGGCCCUUGUACUGUAUAUAUUGAUGUUACUGUAUUUGUGUGCAUGCUUAUUAUUUGUCUAGGCUGUGAAGGCCUGUAUGAGUAAUAAUAUUAGGGCAGAAGGCUGAAAAUCCUUACAUUCCACUUGACGUCACUGCUACCAUCUGCAGCCAUUCUGUGUCCCUUUUUGGUAACAUUCAGUUAAACCCAACUGGGAUUGAAAAAUUAUGAGCGGUGAAUGAAACCCAUAGGAAUAAAUUGUACUGUAUACUUCAAAUAUAGAUUGUGUGAAUGAGGUGACUGCAUGUAAAGAAAUCUCAGACCAACAAAAACACCUAUCCAUGUUUAAAUAUAGCUUAAUAAUGAAUGUUAUCUGUCUUUGAAACAUCUGAUUUCUUGCCUUUGACUGGAUGAAUCAUGUCUUGCUGAUAAAGAAGAACUUGUGGUUGUAUGGUUGACUAAACAGUGCCAUGAAAAGAUCAAAUUCAAACAGAGCCACAUCUGGUCUCAGCUGUAUAGAGAGGGUUUAUCUGUGGAUGGGGGCGGAUUGGGUGCAGCCAGGGGUGCAAAAAGUUCAGUAAUGGUACGUGACUGUAAACAAUGAGUGGGCGGUCACUGGCAGGCUGUAUAUAGAUAAUGUAUAUGUACAGUAUAUUGUUGUAACAUGUAUAUUGGUUCACUAAGGAUGUACUUUUUUUUUUUUUACUGUCUCCAUCUUUUACAUCUGAUUAAAAAACCAUCAACUCUCAA